GAGGCCAAGACUAACAGAUAUAGACAUACACAUUCUGGGCAAUCUGAACAGGGGAAAGGCUAGGAGCGACACUCAUACACUGUUUGGGAAAUUCGACGAAAUCCUUCCAAUACUGAUACAGGUAUUCCUAUCUCAAGUGACCACAAACAAAUAGAAACAGAGGGGGGAAAACUAAACCUUUGGUGUCUCUUCAAAAUGUGCAUCUGGAUGGUUGAAGUUCUGUGUGUCCUGAUGUGUUUGGGAAAUCAUCAGGCUCAAGAAGCCAACCCAGCCAUCUCCAUGCCGGACAGAAUCAGGGUGGCUCUGGCAGGAGAAACGGUCCUUUACAAACCCAAAGUGACCAUCCCAAUGAAUCAGAGCUCCAGCAACUUAAUCUGCUCUGGGCCUCCAGAACAAAAGAAGAUAAAAGAAUGGAUUAUUCUCUUUUCUCCUGAAACAAAAACAAAAACAUUUCAUUUGGAAAUAACAGCAUAUAACAGUUCAUACUCAGGAGAGUAUAACUGCAAGUAUACAAAUGUGGAGAUCUUCUGGACCCUUCUGGUGAAAGACGAGGGGUACCGGCAGCUUUACUCUGGUUUCAUCCUUUUCAUUGUGUUGGGGGCUCUUACCACAGGCCUCCUCAUCUUCAGUGUGAUCGGCUCCAUAUACGUGUUCAAAAGCCAAUGGAAUGGAAGUACCGGUAGUGGAGUAAGCGGAAGGAAUAGAGGGGAGAAUGAAGAGGAGGAGGAGAACGGUAACACAUCAGUGGAUGCAGCUGCCUCUGCUCCAGUUUACGCUAGUCUAGAGUCUCCGCCAGCAUCUGUCUAUGAGGUCUUGACCCCAGGAGCACCAGCAGCAGCAGUAAACCGUGAAUCUGUCCAGAGGAAAGGAAAAGUAAAGAGAAAGUCAAAGGAAUCGAUGGAGAAUGCAACGCCGCAAGGGGAAGGAAUAUUUGAAUGCGUCUAUGAGAAUUUCUGACCAACUGGCAUCUGCACUGUGUUUGGGAAACUAUAUGCCUAUAUUUUCCUGAUUUUGCAAUCUCUCUUGUUCUUUUACACAGACCUAAAAUCACGUAUGUAUUUUACCCUGCAGCUUCGUGACUUCUGUUGAAAAUAAACUGCUUUGUCUCUGGUUGUUGUCAUCACG